AUGGCAACCCGUUGCACAACACGAAUCAUGCUGCCCGUGCUAAUAUUGGCCGCUUGGUCCCUACCUUCCGCCUUUGGGUGCGUGCGUGCGUGCGAUCGGUAUGAGUACUGUGACGAGAAUAGCAAUACCUGCAUUAACUGUAGCCUGCUGUGUGACAAAGACGAGUACUCUUGCUUCCACAAGUGCCAAAAUUUCCUGUUCAAGUCGUACGGCCAAGAUAUCUCUACCCUGAAGCAGAAUUUAUCAAUCGCGAGUACGAUACUUUGGGUGCUUGGUAUACUGCUUGUAUGUUGUCUCGGUGUCGCUAUCACACUGUUGAUACGCAAGUACUACCCCAACAUAAAAGAAAAAGUUUGUUGGCGGCCACAAAACAAAAACACCACCCCCGUCGGCUACACGCACGAGAAUCCCAACACCAAAAGCCCCAAGGUGGCGCCGAAGAAUGGUGCAAACGUAGCGAGGCAAACAUCGACCACGGUUAGCAUCUAUCCAGAAACGGACGCAGACAACUCGGUACAGACCGGUACGACCUCGAUCAGCCAUCGCCAUCCGGCGGAGGAUUCGACCGAAAGCUACUCGUACGACAAUGCGGCCUGUAACGUGACGCCAACCAGCAACAAUCCGAUGCCGAAGUUUUAA